AUGGAGGCACACAACAGUUCAGAGGGCAGCUUUAUAAGUGAGACUUCAGAGGAGAUUCGCUCGCGCAUCUUGAGUCUGAGAAAGGGUGGCAACGACCAUGGCGCCGUCGUUGCAGCGGAAGAGAGCCUAACUCGGUCGGUCGACUCUCACGGUCCCUCGUCAGAGGAGACCCGCGAAGUCGCAGCAGACCUUGUCUUAGCCUACAACCACCUCGCCAUGAAAAGGCUGUCGGAGAACAACAUCAAGGCCUCAGUUCGCCUACUACAGAAAGCCUCGCUGCUGACCAGCCGUGGGCAGCCUUUUCUUGGCAAGGCAAGGCUUCAGGCCCGCGCGUUGACGCUCAACAACUUCGGCUGCCUGAUGAAGAACUGGGGAAAGCCACGCGAAAGCGUCAAGUUUCUCGCCCGCGCUCUUAGAAUAGAAGCCAAGGUGCCCGGGGGCGCGGACAACCCCGCCGGCACACACGUGAACAUGAGCGCCGCUUUGUCGACCAUUGGGCUGCACCGGGAAGCCGCUAUGCACGCCGGUCACGCCAUCGACCUCGCAUCCCAAGCGAUGAUGGAGCAAGAAGCAGGGUUCUCCUACGUCGAAGACCCAAACACCGCGAGUGGUGACCCAGCGGAUAUGGAUGAGGACGGUGCUGCUGUUGCGUCGGUUCAUCUUACUUCUGCCGACAGCGGGACAAAGGGUGGUGUCGGGGAUAGCGGUAAUAGCGUUCCAAGUGUGGGGGUCACAGGAUGUCUUGAAAGCAGCAGCGUUCCUCGGCCGGAAGUCCAAGGGGAAGACGGGGAGACGGUUAGUUCUUCGGCCGUGGCGGAUGAUGGGCGUACAUGUAGUCCAGAAGCAUCCUCGUCAGUCCACCACGCGGACCAUGACGUGCCAGAAGGCGGAAAAAAAGCGAACCCCGCCGAAAACGGUACGGAAGGCCAUGGAGGAGGAGGAGGAGGAGAGUCUGCAGGGGACGAAAAGAGCGUCCAAGGAGACACGAGCUCGGUCGACAGGCAAGACGGACCACCAUCGGCGGCGGGAGGGCUCCUCGCCAUCGCCUGUUUCAACCUUGGGGUCGAGAGGGAGCACCUUGGUCAGCUGGACGCGGCAAUUGCCUCGUACAAGUACGCGCGUUCGGCGGCCGACCAGCAUCUUGGGCCGGAGAGUCCCGUCGCGAAGGGGAUUGAAACCGCGCUCGAGAAAGCCUCCGCCGCCGCCGCCACCGCCGCCUCCUACUCCCGUAAGCGCGCGGCUUCACGCUCCCGAGUAGCGGUGUCGUCCUUCCCUUGCAUAGGCAAGCUCAAGUUCGGUCAAAAAAACUCGCAAGUGCCGUCACGCUUCGACGGCGUGGGCCUUUCUCCGCGAUGCCGGUCACAGCAGCAGCACGGGGAGGAAGUCGUUGGCGAAGCAACGGCAAGGGACCUCCUCGAGCACGCGUACACCAGCCCUCGUCCGUGCCCUGCCCCACCUCACAAAGGUUCAUGGGCACGCCUCGGCCAUGUACCGACCCCUCGAUCGGCCCCUCCAGCACGGUCGGCGUCGCGUGGCCCUCAGCGGGCGGGGAGGUGGACGAGCGUCGACACCCCGGCGGCGCGGGCGAUGAAGGAAGCGCAGCGGCGGUCGGAAGGGUGGAGAAACGGCGGCAGGAAGCGUGGCGACGUCGACGGGGAUUUGAGGUGGCGGGCCUUGGCUUGUGCUGAGUGGCAGUGCAGUCCGAGGGAGGCACUGCACGCCCAGCGGCAGGUUGCGGAGCAACACGGGGUGGAUGUCGGGGUGGCUGCGCCAACAAGCGAUGCUACAUAG